AUGUCCUCCCAGGCCAACCACGGCCAUCCCGCGACGUCACGUCAAUUCCCCGCCUAUAACCCCGUCGCCGCAGUGGCAGCUCCUCCGGGGACCUUGCUUCCGGGCACCAAGAUCCAGGUCGGCAGCCAUCGCGUGGUGGUAGAGAAGUAUCUCUCUGAAGGUGGUUUCGCUCACGUCUACGUGGUGCGAUUGCCCCAGCCAGUCAAUGGUUCGGAUACCGCGGUCCUCAAGCGGGUCGCCGUUCCCGACAAGGCGGCCUUGGCCAACAUGCGCACCGAGGUAGAAACUAUGAAGAAACUCAAGGGUCACCGUCAUAUCGUAAAGUACAUUGAUUCGCAUGCCUCGCAGCUGCGUGGAGGCGGAUAUGAGGUGUUCUUGGUCAUGGAAUACUGCGCGGGCGGUGGUCUUAUCGAUUUCAUGAACACCCGGCUUCAACACCGGUUGACAGAGCCGGAGAUCGUAAAGAUCUUCUCCGAUGUUGCUGAAGGUGUUGCAUGUAUGCACUAUUUGAAACCGCCUCUUCUCCAUCGUGAUCUAAAGGUCGAGAAUGUGUUGAUCUCGGGCAAGAGCAGCUCCGUUACUUACAAACUGUGUGAUUUUGGAUCAUCAGCACCUCCUCGCCCCGCUGCUACUUCUGCUGCAGAGGGCCGUUUGAUUGAAGAUGAUGUGCAACGCCACACAACAUUGCAAUACCGAAGCCCAGAAAUGAUUGAUGUCUAUCGGAAGCAGCCGAUUGACGAAAAGAGUGAUAUUUGGGCACUUGGUGUGUUUUUAUACAAACUAUGCUACUAUACGACUCCCUUCGAAGAGGUCGGUCAAAUGGCUAUUUUGAACGCGAGUUUCAAAUACCCCUCCUACCCCUCAUUCUCGAGUCGGCUGAAGCUGUUCAUAGGCUCCAUGUUGAAGGAAGACCCGCGCAAUCGUCCCAACAUUUAUGAGGUCGUGCGCGAGGUAUGCAGCAUGCAAGGAAAGGAAGUCCCUAUCAAAGAUAUCUAUUCCAACCGCUCUGUUUCGGAAGCGCGCAAAUACCAGGAACUGCCUCCUACACCCACAGAUGGCCCUGCGGUAGGCGCAAUAUUCUCGCCUCCUAUGCAGGAGACUGAGAUCAUCCCCGAUAUUGCGCCUAUGCGCCGCGGUCGACCAGGGAAAUCUUCGUCAUCCCAACCCAGUUCCGCAAGGCCAAGUCCUUCGCCCUACCGGGCUAACGCAGGAAGCUCGUCAACUGAUCCAUUUGCAGCUUUGGAUGGAGGGGCAGGACGAAAGAAGGCUGCAGACGAAAUGGCAAAGCGCUUCCCAUCCUUGGAUCAAUUUGACAUUUUGCAUGAGAAAGGAGACAAGUUUGAAUUUGAGCCCACGGUAGAAGCCAAGACCGAGGAAGAGGAUCUCUCACAGAGACUUACCAAUGCCUUGGCCGAUGAUGCGUUUGCCCGACGUGAAUCGCCUGAACGUGCACCGAACCCAGCCUACCAGCGACCAUCACAGCCCUCUCCUGUGCGAGUACCUACUUUGCAAGAAGUUCCUGCAAAGCAGGCUGCUCCCUUGUACCAGCCGACUCCUCAGCGGCCCAUAAUGGUCUCGACGGGUACUAUGACCUCGCCUAUCCAGUCGCCUCGCUUGCCGGAUCCAAAUGUGUCCACGCGCCCAAUUUAUCGAUUCCCUUCAUCCGAUAAUGAACAGCGGUCUUUCUCAAGCCAGCCGUGGACAAGUGAGGAAGAAAAAGAGCGACACGGCCCCACAAGGCGCCGUCGCCUCCAAUGUCGAGCCUGA